ACUCUCCCCUUUCUAUGCCUGCCCCCUUCCCACUCCCCUCGGCUUCCCCAGGAGUGGCGAAGCCUAGCUGGAAAGCUGCCUGGGUCCUUCACUUUGCCUGGAGAAGGGCUGGCUGCAGAGUUUUGAGAGAGCCACGGCUGGCAAUCUGAUCUGAAGUGGAGGAACCCCACCACCACCCAAGACCCCUUUGCUGGCCAUGGAAGGGAUGCCUGCCCAUGUCUAGAGGGCUCUUCUUUACCUUCUGGAUUGGAAGGAGCUAACCGGCAAGAACUCUGUAUUUUGAGAUUUCCCUCUACCUUCUCUGACCAUCUUGCAUGGUAGGGAUUAGGAGGGGCUGACGAACCCAAGGCUGCCAAGAACCCCCCUGCCACCAGGUGAGAAGAUGGAGAACAAAGCCAUGUACCUCCAUACCUUUGGCGAGAGAGAGAACGGGUCCGUCUUCGAGGAGCAGUUUGACGGAAAGAACCUCUCAAAGCUGAACCUGUGCGAUGAUGGUCCAGGGAGCAGGAAGAGACCAUCGGGACCCUGCGGACACCUGGGGUCCCUGGCUGCUCUCAAAUAUGCCGUGGUUGGGCUCUACCUGUUGGUUUUCCUGAUUCUUGUUGGCGUUUUCAUCCUCGCAGAGAUGCAUGACAGGAGGGCUCGCUGCACCAGUGAUGGCUACAUUUUCAUUCCACCGACGGAAGCAGGGAUGCCUCCGAAUGCCAGUUCCCAGGAAAAGUGA